AUUCAUUUAGCAAAGGGGUCUUUUGCUUGUCACCUGUUAUCUAUCAUGGAUUAUGAAGAGAAAGCGAAGUCGGUGGCUGAUUGCUUGAUGGGCUACAGGAAGGAUGCGUCCGGGUGGAAAGUCUGCAAGAAAUCGAAUGACGUCGUCGUGUCUUGGCGUCCUUCAUCUGAGUUCCUCGGGAAUGUUUAUAAGGGGGAGGGGAUCGUCAACGGCAGCCCAGAGAACGUUUGGGAGUGCUUGAAGCCAAUACCCAACGGGCUCAGAGUCAGCUGGGACAAAAACGUGAAAAUGUUUCAACUGUUGGAACAAAUCACAGAGGACAUCUCUAUCUUCAGAACAGUCACGCCCUCAGCAGCUAUGGGGAUCAUCGCUCCACGAGACUUUGUGGAUGUUAUUUUAAUUAAACAAUAUGAAGACGGCACCAUUUCAUCAAAUGCCAGCAAUGUGAUUCACGCGGGCUGUCCUCCCCAGUCCGGCUAUGUGAGAGGAUUUAACCACCCGUGUGGAUGCAUCUGUGUCCCCGUCUCAGGAGAGCCCAAGAAGACCCAGGUUUUUAGUUUCUUCCAGACUGACCUGAGUGGCCUGCUCCCUCGCUCUGUGGUCGACUCCUUCUUCCCCUCCAGCAUGACCGAGUUCUACAGCAACCUGUCCAAGGCUGUCAAAUCCCUCAAGGACCUUUGACACCGAGAGGUUAAGAAGUAUACCUUUAAACCUGAGGCCUAAUGACUUGUCAGGCCAAAUGAAAAACAGUCUAUUUUAAAACAGUCCAAACCCAACAGCAAUCAGUACACCGACAUGAUCCAACACUUAUUUCAUUUAAUUCGACUCCAUGAUUAGUUUAUAUUUCCCUGGCACUGAAGGAGGAACCCACUAAAUCUUUCUUCCUUCCAAUUUGAGGGCACUAAAAAAAGUCACAAGCUCUAAGAUCAGGUCUUUGACAAACCAGCAUCUUAAGUGUCCCUACCUGUGGGAUGAAUAUAUGUCCUCCAAUCUAAAGAGAAACACAUGAUGUAAAUCUGUAUUUGUAAAUGUUUUUAAAUAUGGACGGGAUGAAGGCAUUUAUUCUCCUCAUAGCAUCCUUCAGAGUGUAUAGAAAACAUGCAUGUUGCAUGGACCUGGUUUACCCUACAAUGCUAUCAGAUAUAUGGUUAAGAAAUCUCAUGUCAUACCUCAUAUUUAGUGUUGUUCUUGAAAUGCCACUGAUUCGCUCUGCUUUGCUCACCUGUAAAAAGAAAUGUCACGCCUCCACUCGAGCACUCUCCCUGAUGCACUGCCGAGGCAUCACAGUAUAUUUCCCUUUUACUCGUGGUAGAGGUUUCCAAAGUACAUUUCCUCUUCCUGUUCUUCACUUUCAGUCCCUGAAACUCUUCAGGGGCCUUCUGUCAGAAAUGUGACACUUUGACUUCUCCUUUGAGUGAAACAUAAUUUUCCUACAUGUUGACUGUACUCAGUGUGCUAGAACCAAACACAGUUGACCAAUAUUUAGAACACUUUUUAAGUAUGAAAGAUCCAAAAAUCAUGUUGGGCUUUUAAAAGAACAUUUUUCUGAUACUCACCGAUCACAGCAGAGUGCAUCAGGGCUCUUAUUGCAUGUUUCCAAAGUUAGCGAUUUGGAGGGGAUAGUGAUAUUGGUUGGUGUUUUGAUAAAUUUUCAUAACAGCAUAUGCACUCUGUAUUUUUGGGAUAAAUCUGAAUUUAUUAGAAAUUAGAAAAGAACAUCAAAAAAAAAAAAUAACUCUAAGUGUACAAACUGUAUCACCAACCAAAACGUCUCAGAGAUUUCAUGUAAACUUAACUUACUGCUUGCACUUCACACUUUUCUACAAAGCCCUUUACAGGGCGGCUGUGGCUCAGUGGGUGGUAGAGUCGUCUCUCAACCGGAAGGCCGAAGGUUCAAACCCCAGCUCCUGCAGCAACGUGUCCGAUUUGUCCUUCAGCAAGACACAUAACCCUGAAUUACUACUGCUUCAUCAGUGGUGUAUGAAUGGAUGAGUUAAUACUGAUGGUCUCUUUACAUAGCAGCCUCUACCAUCAGUGUGUGAAUGUGUAUGAGAGACAUGCGGUGUAAAAGCACUUUGAGUAGUCAGAAGACUUGAAAAGUGCUACAAGCUCAAGUCCAUUUACCAUUUAGAGAUGAAAAGUCUCAGCCUAAGUUAGCUCCAACAUGCAGCUUCAUGUUGUUCCUCUGCUGUGUGAGAUUCCUGAAGUGGUGUGAAGAAAUAAAUACGUAGGCCAUAUGUUUUCUUUCACCUUCUUCUUCAGGAAAUACAAUAAAUCUAAACUUCUCUCCCAGCUGAAGAGCCGUUACAAACUCUGAAAACUCAACAAGCAGUCCUAUUGCAGGGUUGUGGUGCUGAGACGCUGAGAUGCACAGGAGGUGUGGCUUGCACAACUACACCAGAGAUGAGCAUCUGUUACAGGAUGACUUCAUGAUUUAACAGUGUCUUGUAUAAC